UUAAUUUGUUAAUUUAUUAAUAUUAUUGUUUUUGUUUAGGGAUCUAGAAUGUUGCAAUGUGACCACUACAUGCCGCCGGAUCGGUACAAUUCAAUAGCGGAGGGGUUUUUACGGGACACCGGUUUUUAUUAUGUUUCACAGAUUGGAGUUGUCCAAUGUCAGGCGGCAUUGGUUAAUGCUCUGAUUGAGAGAUGGCGCCCCGAGACUCACAGCUUCUAUUUUCCGCUUGGUGAGUGUGCUGUGACACUGGAGGAUGUGGCGUUAAUUUAUGGUCUUCCGACGAAUGGUUUGCCAGUUACGGGACCGACACUGAGUAGUUAUGAGGCGUUAGAGGCUGAAUGCUUGGAUCAGUUUGGUGUUGCACCUAGGCAGGCAGACUGUAGGGGAAGUUUCAUCAAGUUGACGUGGUUUCGAGCAUUGAAGGAUCGGUUAGUGUUGGUUGAUGAUAUCUAGAUUCAGAGGUACGUGAAGUGCCACACAAUGUUAUUGUUUGGAACCGUUAUGUUUGGAGAUAAGUCUGGAGCAGGGGUGCACUGGAAGUUUCUCCCAUUACUUCGUAACUUUGCCGGGAUAAUACAGUACAGUUGGGGUUCGGCAUGCCUGGCACACCUGUACAGAGCUUUGUGUAGGGCAACUCGUGUCGACUGUAAGGAGAUUGAUGGUCCGUUGACACUGUUGCUUGCCUGGGCUUGGAUCCGCCUACCGUUCCUUGCGCCGAUUCCUAGCAAUCCUCGAGUCUUUCCGAUUGCAGAAAGGUAAACUUAAUUAGUAAACACUUUAUAAUAAUGUAUCUUAAAUUUAGUUGAUAAAUGUAUAUUAACGAAUUGCAUGAUGUUAGGUGGCAUAACUGGGAACGUGUGAAUUGGCCUUACAGAUUGAGCAAACUUGAGCAUUUUAGGGGAUACCUUGAUGCUCUGCAAGAAGGACAGUUUCUUUGGGAGCCUUAUGCAAUUGGAAGGACCGAUCCGGAAGUGAUUCCUCCUGACAUCCGUCAGCAUUCUGCUAUUUGGAGUGCCACAGUUCCACUUAUAUCUUUUGAAUGUGUUGAGUGGCAUGCAUCUGAUAGACUGCGGAGGCAGUUUGGCUUGACUCAGGGUAUUCCUGAUCAGGAGCGAGACCUAGGUGAAGCACACGGCGAAGUUUUGACAGGUCCGAAGAAUCAGGAUUGGUCUAGAACCCACUCAUCCUGGGUUAUGCAGUGGACGAACCGGUAUAGUCUAGUUCUUGUCGAUGACACGGUGGCCUCACAGAAUCAGGCAGAUAUCUACUUGCAUUGGUACCGAGGUGCAUUUGGUGACCACUUGCAGUUGUCACAGAUGGAACCGCAAGAUAAUCAGCCUGGUGAUCCUAUUCAUAACCAGGAGAACCAAGACCCACAAUCACCGCAACCACCAUCACCACGGCCACCAGCACCGCCCCCCUCACAAACACAGGCGCAACAAGAGCCUGAGCAGUCCACUCCAUACAUUCCUGACACGUAUUCUGCGGAUUACCUGACUCCACCAGUAUAUCAGCAGUACUGGAGUGUUCCGCACCAAGAAUCUAUUGAACAAGGUUCUUUUAGCCAGCUACUUGGGUUCAUGGCUCCUGGUCCAGGUUACUCAUAUCCCGCUUAUAGAGACAUUCCCACCGGUCAGAUGGCCCAACCUAGUGGGAUAGCUCCAGGUAGAUUGUCAUUGGAUACGAGACCACGACAGCACACUUCCUCUGGUACAUCUGGAGGGAGAUUUUCUGUUGACUCUGGUAUGAGUGAUGAUGCCACGAGGGGUAUCAUACAGAGCGGAGUUGACCGUCCUGUUCCAAUGAGUCUCAUUCUAGAGAGCUACCAGCCAGCUGAUGAGGACAAUGAUGACUUUCUGGUUGACCAUCCAGAUGGGGAUGAGGUUGAAGACGAGGAUGAUGAUGCGGAUGCCGAUGAGGACGACGACGAGGAUGAUGCGGAUGCCGAGGAUGAUGAGGAUGGGGGUGAUGGUCCGGUUCAUGAUUCAGCGCCUACUGCAGGUACAACCACUAGCGAAAAGGGAAAAGGAUACAACCUUAGAGCUGACCCCCCUCGGCGGAGCGCUAGUCGGUAUACCCCAUCCGCUUUUAAGAAGGUUGCAAAGAAAUGCAAGAAAUUAGUCAAAGAUGUAAAAUGGGGGAUGAGAAAAUGAUGUUGAAUUUAUAUAGCAUGUGUUGGACUUAUUAAUGUACCAUGUUUUAUACUUAAUUAUGUACCAUGUGUUGGACUUAUUUAUAUAGCAUGUGUUGGACUUAUUAAUGUACCAUGUUUUAUACUUAAUUAUGUACCAUGUGUUGGACUUAUUUAUAUAGCAUG